AUGUCUUCUGAGAAAGCCUCCCCUCAGACGACCCAGACUCAACUUGAUCCGGCCAUAUUGCAAGAUCUACCUCACGAUCAACCACCUGUAGCUCCUAUAGUGAAGAAACGUCGUAAACGUACAAAGACCGGCAAGAGAUUCAAAGUUCCAGUUCCCUCCAGCGGCAAACAUCAGACAUUCAUCGAUAUUGGAUGCGAGACUGAUGCUCAAGGCUAUCCCAUAUAUCCAAACAACGAAACAGUUUUUGUUAAGAAGCCUAAUGAAGACAUUACGAAUUUUGGGCAUAUAGCCUAUCCACACACUCAGAAGACAUCAGGCGCGAAUGACGACAGACCUUGGAAGACAACUUGGUACACAUGUCUAGGACUUUUGGACUGCGAUAACAAAGCAUGCAAGUACGCGGCACCUCCACCCACAGGUGACAGGAAAGCAGCUGAACACAUCUUGAAGCACCCUAGGUGUCCCGCUGCUGAAUGCCAGGGUCAACACCGCUGGACAACUUGCACCACAACCAGCUGUCGUGUUGAUCUUGAAAAAGAGACGGGAUGGGCUAUUCUUCGACAUUCAGGCACACACUGCCAUGUCUGGCCUGUGUCAAAGAAGGCGGACCCAUUAGCCAUGGAGAAAUUGACAGCGGAAGUUGUCAAGAAUCCAAAGGCUGGACCAAUGGUACUACAGGUUGGACAGGCUGGUGAAGGCCGGAAGAUAACACCCUCAGUUGAUAAUCUCCAUCCAGCAUUUUCACAUCGUAGUCGCCUAGGGUAUCUGCGACGUACAAUCCUGUACAACACGGGUAUCAUGACUGAGCAGGAGAGCAAGGGUGGAGGAGACAGUUUUCCCUUAGAUAUCCAGCACUGGGGCACUAAAGGUCUUUGGUUGAUUUCAAUGGCCCUAACUGGAUCUAAUGUACAUGUUACAUUUCAAAUCGAAUGGAUGGCUCAGCAGUUAGUGCGCCGUGAUCCUGAAACAGAGAAGGUUUACUCUGGAGGCCUACUUUCCGACGUUACCUACCGUUUCUUCAAGAAUGGCUAUCUCCUGACGACGUCAAUGUACAGUGACCUUCUGCACCGAUGGAUACCCGUUCAGCUUACAUGGAUGGCUAGGCUUGAUGUAACUCACUACAAAGGGCAUUUCACACUGCUCAUGAAACAGAUGUUUGUGGACUUCUCUUCUGCGCAGAAGCAGGGAUUUGUUGGUGCCUAUAUGGAUGUGUUCAACAAACGAGACCGUGACAAAGCCAUGUCAAAACUAAAGGGGUGCUGCGAGCACUACCGCCAAUCUAUCACUCGCAUCACGCGUAAUCGUGGGGUCGUGCCGGCAGGUGACAAUGGUACAUUUGAAGAUAUGGCACUCAAUCUCCUUGAGCCUGAUAAACCAAAUGGGCUCAAUCUUGCUCAAAGAUUUGAAAGCCUGGCAAAGGCUUACCCAGCGGCUAAACCUUGGAUCGCCUGGUGGAAUACGGCUGAUAUCGAGGCAAUGCUCUUCUGCGCCCGGCGGAGACUUCCACUUGAUGAUCCUCCAAGAUAUGAUGAGUGUGGAAAUGAAAUAGAUGAACUACCUGAAACAACAAAUGGCCAAGAGUCUAUGCAUAGACAGUACUACAUACUUACUGAUGGAAAAUGUACCCUGCUUCAGGGCCUGAUUCAACUUUUACUCUUUGCAAAAUCACUGGAAAAAGACUAUGAUCAGCUAUUACGAGGUAUUCCGGUGAAGUAUGGGAACAAUUGGGAAAGUGUUGUUGAAACCAUGGGUUGGUCCAAGCAACGAGCUUCUAGGCGCCCGGAAGCAAAUGAUGGCCGACCACCAGACACUAACAAAGUGUUGUUUGGAACAAAGAAGCUUGGUCGACCACGCGGCGCGCCUAAUGUGCAUCGUGAUCCUCAUUCAUCUUACCAGUCUUAUUGGGCCUGUAACAAUGAAACCGGCAAAAAGAACUGCUGCUGGGCAACAGCUUCUUUGGAAUCUUUCUUUCCUCUUUUUUCACCUCUUUGGAUAAUAGGCUCUACAGGAAAAAAAACAGACAUCGUGACUAAACUAACCCGACACUAUUCCGCAAGGGUCUCGUCAGAAAUUCACGGGGGAAAGGGGAUGAGGUCAAUAUUAUCUCGGGGACUAACAUCUCUUCAAAAGGCUGCUCAACAGCUUUCACCUUCAUUUGUAACCGACCGAUUCGCCUCAGCCGAUCUAUUCAUCGAUUAUUUUCUUGUGCCAGCCAGGGGAAAACCCGCCUCACCUAUUGCCAAAUUGUUUCCUCAUCAAGUCAUCAAGGAGUUCCGUUGUACUCAGUACCCAAGUCAUAUUCAAAAUGAAAUUGUGACCCAAUACGGAAUAUCUAUCACAAAUGAUAUGUUCCAUGAUGCAAAUCUCAAGUAUUCAGGUAUUGAAGAACUUAUUCAAAUGUGGGUCACGGAUGGGCUGUUCAGUACAAAUCCACGAUGCUGCACAGCUUUUCAGAAGAGUUUUAAUGAAAACCCAAAACAAUUAUCUCCCCUGAUGUCUGAUGAAGAUAUUGAAGUUCAAGUUCUCAAAGAAAACCCCGCUAAAGAUGUACCUACUUUAUACGAACGUGCACACCUUGACUUCAGCAGUUCACCUAUGCAUGUGUACUUUCAUCUUGCAGGUGUCAUGGGCCUUGCGGAAUCUGAUAAGCAUAAAUUUAUGGGCGAUAUGAAAUGGCCUGAAUGUUUGGAAUUUAAUGGCAACAACUACAAAAUUGUCUCAAGAGGGUUUUGGGGAGAAGGGCAUUUUUGGUGCAAGGUAGUUCGAACAUUAGAUGGUGCCACUGGAGUGUAUUAUUAUAAUGAUCUGCUCGACGAUGGUCGCGCACAGCUGCUAGGUCGAGACAUGGGUCUUAUAUCGGGUGCACAACCAAACACCAGCUGGGUAAUCUAUUCGCGCCAGCCCACACGUGAAGAACAAACAAUCAUUGACAAUGGUAUAGCUAGAAUUGCGAAGAAAAACCCCACAGGCGACACACCAUUUGGCUCGGCAGAUGACUUUGUGGAAGUUGAAGAUCAGAUAGCUGAAAUCAUGGUUGAAGAGCCUGGUCAUGAGGUAAUCGAGGAUAGGAAGUGA